CUUGACUUCCAGCAGUAAACGUGCGGGUAUGCAAGUUGAUCACAAUCACAACUACAAGACAAUCGUCGCUAGUAACAAUUCAGCGCAGCAAAGCGGUGAGGUGACCCUCACUAAUCCACGAGAAAGGGCUCACACAUUCACUUCGCACGGCACUCUAACCGGUCGCGAAAUAUCCGUUCCACGCUUCACUGGCUAUACCUUAUACCGAAGUUGCCAUUGCCACUUUGACCUGAAUUAACGCUUAAGGCAGAAUCGAAUUGUCAGUCUAUCAUGAGCAGUGUUGAACCGCAGAGUAAAAAAACGAAAAUGGCAUCAAGUUUGGAACAGUUAAAGCAGCUGACCACCAUCGUAGCAGAUACGGGUGAUUUCGAAGCUAUGAAAGUCUACAAGCCAACGGAUGCGACAACAAAUCCAUCACUCAUCUUGUCGGCGGCCGGUAUGGAGCAGUACCAACACCUGAUCACGAAAGCUAUCAAGUAUGGUUUGAAGCAGGGCUCAACCGAAGACGAACAGGUGGGUGAGGCAGCGGACAUGCUGUUUGUACUGUUUGGAUGUGAAAUACUCAAACUGGUGCCUGGUCGUGUUUCGACUGAAAUCGAUGCCCGCCUAUCGUUCGACAGAGACGCAUCGGUGGCGAAGGCUUUGAAGCUAAUUCAGCUCUAUGAGGAAAACGGUGUCGAUCGCAAACGGGUACUUAUAAAGCUCGCUUCCACUUGGGAGGGGAUUCAGGCGGCUAGAGUACUGGAGAAGGAUCAUGGAAUACACUGCAAUCUCACGCUGCUGUUUUCCUUCGCACAAGCUGUUGCUUGUGCAGAGGCUGGAGUCACAUUGAUUUCACCGUUUGUAGGAAGAAUUCUAGAUUGGUACGUUUCCAAUACGGACAAAAAAGCGUUCGAGCCGGAACAGGAUCCAGGGGUGAUCUCUGUGACUAAGAUCUACAACUAUUACAAGAAGUUUGGCUACAAAACCGUAGUUAUGGGGGCAUCUUUCCGUAAUACAGGAGAAAUUCGUGCCUUAGCAGGAUGUGAUUUGCUGACCAUCAGUCCAAAACUGUUGGGUGAGCUGGAAAAGAGCGAUGAGAAAAUCAAGCGCUAUCUUGAUCCGGCUGCUGCCAAAGCUUCUAAUUUGCAAAAGAUUCAUAUGGAUGAGGCAACAUUCCGCUGGAUGAUGAACGAGGAUCAGAUGUCUACUGAUAAGUUGUCUGACGGUAUUCGCAAGUUUGCAGCUGAUGGGCGGAAACUGGAAUCGUUGCUACGUGGAUUGAUUCAACAAACAGCCUAAUUCUAGUUGGAAGAUGGGGGACCCAAAAUUUUUUUUAUCCUAAAAAUUUUGUAACACGAUUUUCUGAAUUGCAACCAA